GUCUUGAGGUGAACGCGCCCGCGUCGAGUCCGACCCCCGGUCCCCGGUCUCCCCGGUCCCCGCGACGCGCCCCGGCCAAGAACACUUUGGCCUGAAAAAAAGGCAAGUCAGGAGCCGAGCCGCGAGUGAGUGCGAGCGAGUGCCGUGGUAGUGAGAGUGCUAAGCCGAGUGUACGUCAAUGUGCUACUGGAUUUGCUAACCUCUACACAAAGCUCAGGGAUGCGUGUCAUACCUUGGGGUCCAGGCGGCCCCACGCUGCUCGCCAGCGUCAUCGGCGCCCUCUUCCUCGUCGUCGGCGGCGUCCACUCUCAGGGUACCGCUCCGGGCAGCAAUGCUACCUCGGGCCUCUUCACAUGUCCGCACGGCUGGGAGCUGCGUGGGCUGCACUGCUACAAAUUCUUUACCAUUCGACAUUCGUGGGAGAAGGCGGCUGAACUCUGCAGAAGGUACGGCAGCAACCUGGUCCUCGUCGAGUCGUAUGCGGAGAACAACCUGACAGCGGGGCUCGCAACCCGCAACUUGGGACCCGCACUGGGAAGAGAAGCUCAGCAGUACUGGCUGGGUCUCGCUUCCCUUGACGACCUGCGGACAAACACUCUUGAGUCGGCGGCUGGUCUUCUCGUCUCCCAAUAUGCAGGUUUUUGGGCUUUACCCCAGCCUGACCCUUCUAUGGGUGAGUGCGUGGAUGCUACAAUUGAAGACGAGCACCAGUCAUGGUCUCUCACAACCUGUGAAUCAUUAUUACCAUUCUUGUGUCGAGCUCAAGCCUGCCCUACCGGUUCCUUCCAUUGUUCAAAUGGCCGUUGCGUCAAUUCUGCCUUCCGGUGUGAUCAACAAGAUGACUGUGGAGAUUGGUCAGAUGAAUUGGACUGUCCAAACGAAUGUCACUAUUACAUGGCUAGUAGUGGUGAUGUUGUUGAGAGUCCUAGUUACCCUCACAAGUAUCCUCCAUUGGCAAACUGUAAAUGGACAUUGGAAGGUCCUCAAGGACAUAAUAUCCUUUUGCAGUUCCAAGACUUUGAAACAGAAAAGACAUUUGACACAGUCCAGGUCUUGGUAGGAGGAAGAACUGAAGACAAGUCCGUGAAUUUGGCAACUCUGUCAGGCAAGCUUGAUCUGAGCAGCCAGCUAUAUGUUUCGGCUUCAAAUUUCAUGAUAAUCAAGUUUAGUUCUGAUGCAUCUGUUGAAAGAAAGGGUUUCAGGGCUUCCUGGAAAACUGAGCCACAGACCUGUGGAGGAAUUCUCAGAGCUACCCCUCAAGGGCAGACUUUGACUUCUCCUGGUUUCCCUAAUAACUAUCCUGGUGGUCUCGAGUGCCUUUACAUUCUUACUGCACAAAUUGGCCGAAUUAUGACAUUGGAGAUUGAGUCUUUGGAUAUUGAAUCAACUCGGGAUUUCAUUCUAAUUCGUGAUGGAGAUUCUCCCAAGAGCCAACCCAUCGCUCGUUUGACUGGCCUUGCUGAAGACAAUCCCAAAUUGAUUAUGUCCACCGGAGAUAAAAUGUAUCUUUACUUCAAGACAGGACUGGGUGAUUCUCGCAAGGGCUUUAAAAUAAAGUAUUCCCAAGGUUGUCAGGCUACCAUUGUGGCCAAAAAUGGCACUCUUGCAUCCCCAGCAUUUGGUCUGAAAGACUAUCCAAGCAAUCAGGAGUGCUUGUACCGCAUCAGGAAUCCUGGAGGAGGUCCCCUGUCUUUAGCGUUUGACCACUUCCAAGUGCAUCAGUCAGACAUGGUCCAAGUUUACGAUGGUGCCAGCACUAGUGGCUUGCGCCUUCACCCUGGCAAUGGUUUCUCAGCUGAUUCAGUUCCAAGAAUUACUUUGACAGCAUCCAGUGGAGAGAUGCUUGUUCGCUUCCAGACUGAUGCUCUUCACAACAGCAAGGGCUGGAAAGCUACUUUCUCUGCUGAUUGUUCUGUUUUGCAACCUGGUGAAGGGGCCUUGGCGUCUAGUAGGGACACUGCCUUCGGCACAAUUGUAACUUUCUCAUGCCCAAUGGGCCAGGAGUUUGCCACUGGAAAGCAGCAGUUUACCACUGAGUGCCUUAAGGGAGGAAACUGGUCUACAACCUACAUUCCUCAAUGUCAAGAGGUGUACUGUGGUCCUGUCCCUCAAAUUGACAAUGGCUUUUCCAUUGGCUCUACCAAUGUCACUUUCAGAGGCCAAGCCAUGUACCAAUGCUAUGCAGGUUUUGCAUUCCCAUCUGGAUUGCCCCUUGAGAGAGUUUCUUGUCUUGCUGAUGGGCGCUGGGAGCGUCUUCCAACUUGUCUUGCUUCUCAGUGUCCACCCCUUCCUGACACACCACAUGCUAAUGCUACUAUUUUGAAUGGUGGAGGUCGCAGUUACGGUACUAUUGUCAGGUUUGAAUGUGAACCUGGUUUCAUCCGUACUGGUGCUCCUGUGAUAUUGUGCAUGAGCAAUGGCACCUGGUCCAGUGCUCCUCCUGUUUGCCGACGUGCUCGUUGCCCAACCUUCCCUACCAUCAAAAAUGGCUUCAUUGUUGAUACCACCAAUGAGUACCUGUUUGGUGAUGAAGCUAGGGUUCAAUGUUUCAAGGGCUACAAACUAUCUGGCAACAAUAUUAUUCGCUGUGGUCCAAACCAAGAGUUCCUCAACCCACCAAGAUGUGAUGACAUAAAUGAAUGUAGUAGCAGUCAGUGUGAUCUAGCUUCUACUGAGUGUGCUAAUACACCUGGUGGCUUCCACUGCAAGUGUCGAAAGGGUUUUGUAGGACAUUUGGAAUGCCGACCUGUUGGAGAUCUUGGACUUACUACUGGAGGCAUUCCUGAUGAUUCUAUCUCUGUUUCUGGCACUGAACCUGGUUAUCCCAAGGAGAUGGUUCGUUUGAACAGUCUUGGUGGCUGGUGUGGAGUCAAUGCAGAAUCUGGAGCAAACUGGGUUCUUCUUGAUUUGAAAGCACCAACAGUUGUUCGUGGUUUUAGAACCCAGAGUGUCACUCGCCUUGAUGGCAAUGUUGCCUUUACUUCAGCCGUACGCAUUCAGUUCUCCGAUAAUCUCACUGAUGUUUUCAAGGACUACACAAACCCUGAUGGCACUCCUGUGGAGUUCCGCAUUCUUGAGCCCACUCUAUCUGUCCUCAAUUUGCCUGUGCCUAUUGAAGCUCAGUACCUUCGAUUCCGUAUUCAGGAUUAUGUUAAUGCCCCUUGUCUCCGCCUAGAAGUCAUGGGUUGUACUCGUCUUGAGUGUGCUGAUAUUAAUGAAUGUGCUGUUGAAAAUGGUGGAUGUGACCAAAAAUGUAUCAACAGCCCUGGCAAUUUCUCAUGUGUCUGUAAUGUGGGCUAUGAGCUCUUCACCCGGAAUGGAACUGCUGGAUUUUCUGUCCACUCUGCUGAAUCUGGGGAACGUGAUGGAGACACCUACCAACGCAACAAAACUUGUGUGCCCAUUAUGUGCCCAUCCCUUGAAGCACCAGAGAAUGGUGUGAUCCUUUCGACCAAGGAAAUGUUCCACUUUGGAGAUCUUGUAAGCUUCCAAUGUAACUUUGGCUAUGUGAUGAGUGGCCCAGCUUCUUUGCUGUGUACUUCUGGGGGAGUUUGGAAUGGCUCUGUUCCGCAGUGUCAAUAUGCCAAGUGUGUUUCACUGCCUGAUGACAAAAAUGAGGGUUUGUCUGUGCUGCGAACAGACCAGGGCAGUGUUCUUGUGCCUUUCAAAGAAAAUGUGACUCUUAACUGUGGUAGUGUAGGACGAACUCUGCGACGCACUGCAUCCUCUGGAUUCCGUCAAUGUGUUUACGACCCCAAACCUGGCUUCCCUGAGUAUUGGCUGUCUGGUGUGCCACCAUCCUGCCCAAGAGUUGACUGUGGUAUACCUUUGCCCACACCUGGAGCUGAGUAUGGAAAAUACACAGACACCAAAUACCAAUCAUCAUUCUUCUUUGGAUGUCAAGAUACUUUCAAGCUUGCUGGACAAACAAGCAAAAAUGACAAUGUUGUCAGGUGCCAAGCUAAUGGUGUUUGGGACUUCGGUGACCUGAGAUGUGAAGGUCCUGUGUGUGAAGAUCCAGGUAGGCCUACCGACGGCUUCCAGCUCUCUCGCAGCUACGAACAGGGCUCUGAGGUCGAGUUUGGCUGCAACAAGCCAGGAUACAUCCUCAUCAAUCAGCGUCCCAUCAGCUGUGUCCGAGAGCCCGAAUGCAAGGUUGUCAAGCCUCUUGGCCUUGCCUCCGGACGCAUCCCUGACUCUGCCAUCAAUGCCACCUCUGAAAGGCCCAACUAUGAAGCGCGCAACAUUCGCCUCAACUCUGUUACUGGAUGGUGUGGGAAGCAAGAAGCAUUCACUUAUGUCAGUGUGGACCUUGGUCAAGUUUUCCGUGUAAAGGCCAUUCUUGUCAAGGGAGUAGUCACCAAUGAUAUUGUUGGUCGACCUACAGAAAUUCGUUUCUUCUACAAACAAGCUGACAAUGAGAACUAUGUAGUGUACUUCCCUAAUUUCAACUUGACCAUGAGAGACCCUGGAAAUUAUGGUGAAUUGGCAAUGAUUACUUUACCUAAAUAUGUUCAAGCUCGUUUUGUAAUUUUGGGAAUUGUGAGCUACAUGGAUAAUGCUUGUCUGAAGUUUGAACUGAUGGGUUGUGAAGAACCAAAAUCUGAGCCUCUGUUGGGUUACGAUUACGGGUACUCUCCUUGUGUUGACAAUGAACCACCAGUCUUCCAGAACUGCCCUCAACAGCCAAUUGUUGUUCAAAAGGGAGCAAAUGGAGGUUUGCUUCCAGUUAACUUUACUGAACCUGUGGCAGUUGACAACAGUGGAAGCAUUGCUCGUCUGGAGGUCAAGCCACCAAGCUUCAAGACUCCAAUCACAGUCUUUGAGGAUAUGUCUAUUAAAUACAUUGCCUUUGAUUAUGAUGGAAAUGUUGCUAUCUGUGAGAUCAACAUUACUGUGCCAGAUGACACCCCACCUCGUCUGAGCUGCCCUCAGAGCUACGUCAUUGAGCUCGUGGACCGCCAGGACAGCUAUGUGGUCAACUUCAACGAGACCCGCCGACGCGUCAACGUGUCCGAUGAAUCAGGCGACGUCAAAGUAGUUUUCGUGCCGGACCGCGCCGUGAUUCCCAUCGGCGGCUUCGAGAAUGUGACUGUUGUGGCCUCCGACAAGAGUGGAAACCAGGCCUCGUGCCACUUCCAGGUGUCUGUACAGGCCACUCCGUGUGUGGACUGGGAACUUAAACCACCUACUAAUGGGGCGCUCAACUGUUUACCCGGAGAAAGAGGCUUGCAGUGUAUUGCAACCUGCAAACCUGGCUUUAGGUUUACUGAUGGAGAGCCUGUCAAGACAUUCAGCUGCGAGGAGAAGACCCCAUGGGUACCAAACAACAUGGUACCUGACUGUGUAUCUGAGGACACUCAACAAGCUGAUUAUCAUGUUGUGGCCACUGUCACGUACAGGGCUAAUGGAGCUGUUUCACAAUCAUGCCUGCCCCAGUAUUCAGACCUCAUGUCACAGUAUUACAAAUCUCUUAAUGACAUUCUCACUCAAAGAUGCUCAGCUGUCAAUGUGAACAUGAAUGUUUCAUUCAUUGAAGCAAAACCAUCCUUGAUAGAAGAAAACUUUGUUCAGAUGGACUUUAUUCUGGUGAUUGUACCUGCUGUCAAACAGCCACAACUUUAUGACCUCUGUGGUUCUACUCUCAAUCUGAUUUUUGACCUGUCAGUCCCAUAUGCCAGUGCUGUUUUGGAACCUCUGUUGAAUGUCUCAGCAAUAGGCAAUCAAUGUCCUCCACUUCGUGCUCUUAAAUCUACCAUCAACCGUGGAUUCACUUGUAAUGUUGGAGAGGUCCUCAACAUGGAUACCAAUGAUGUCCCACGCUGUUUGCACUGUCCUGCUGGUACCUUUGCUGGUGUGAAUCAAAAGACUUGCACACCUUGCCCACGAGGAUUCUUCCAAAACCAGGAUCGUCAGGGACAAUGUACAAGGUGUCCUCUUGGAACAUAUACACGAGAAGAAGGUUCAAAGGAUAUCAAUGAGUGUGUUCCUGUCUGUGGAUACGGAACUUACUCUCCUACGGGUCUUGUUCCGUGCUUGGAAUGUCCUCGUAACAGCUAUACCUCAGAACCACCCACAGGUGGUUUUAAAGACUGCCAAGCUUGCCCUGCCAACACAUUUACUUACCAACCUGCUGCACCAGGAAAAGCAUUCUGCAGACCCAAAUGCUCCCCAGGGCAGUACUCGGACACUGGUUUGGCCCCCUGUGCACCGUGCCCAAGAGACUUCUAUCAGCCUCUGUCUGGACAGCUGACUUGCCUCGAGUGCCCCACCAACAUGAAGACGGCUGGUCCGGGAGCUGUUGGCAGGGACGAGUGCGAGCCCAUCCAGUGCAACGAGAACGCCUGUCAGCACGGUGGCCUGUGCAUACCGAUGGGCCACGGAGUCCAGUGCUACUGUCCGGCGGGCUUCUCUGGACGCCGGUGUGAAAUCGACAUUGACGAGUGCGCUUCUCAGCCGUGCCACAACAACGGACGUUGCAUUGAUCUUCCUCAAGGGUACCGCUGCCAGUGUCCUCCCGGGUACACUGGCAUCAACUGUCAAGAAGAGAAAUCUGAUUGUCGCAACGACACCUGUCCAGAGAGGGCUAUGUGCAAGGAUGAGCCAGGCCUCAACAACUUCACCUGCCUGUGCAGAUCUGGUUAUACUGGUCCCAACUGUGACGUGACUAUCAACCCUUGUUCUGCUGACAUCAAUGCUUGCUCCAAUGGUGGAACAUGUAUAGCACUCCAGCAGGGGCGCUUCAAAUGUGAAUGUCUCCCUGGUUGGGAGGGUCAGAACUGUGAAAUAAAUAUUGAUGAUUGUGCUGAGAGGCCUUGCUUGCUGGGUGCAAACUGCACAGACCUUGUAAAUGAUUUCAAGUGUACCUGUCCUCCUGGAUUUACUGGCAAGCGAUGCCAUGAGAAGAUUGAUCUGUGUGCGAAUGACCCUUGUGAAAAUGGUGUUUGUGUGGACAAACUUUUUAUUCACCAAUGUGUUUGCAAACCUGGAUGGACUGGACGAGCCUGUGAAAUCAACAUUAAUGACUGUGCUGUAGAUCCUUGUGAAAAUGGUGGAGUUUGUGUGGACUUAGUUGAUGGUUACAUGUGCAACUGUGAGCCAGGUUACACAGGGAAGCGCUGUCAGCAUUUGAUUGAUGAUUGUGCUUCUGAGCCUUGCCAGAACGGUGCGACCUGCCUUGAUAUGCUUGAUGGAUUUGUCUGUCGUUGCAGGCCUGGUUUUGUUGGUCUUCAAUGUGAGGCUGAAAUUGAUGAAUGUUUGAGUGACCCAUGCAAUCCUGAGGGAACAAAGGCAUGUAUCGAUGAAGACAACCGAUUCACCUGCCAGUGCCGGGAAGGUUUCACUGGUGAAUUGUGCGAAACAAAUGUUGAUGACUGCGCUGCCAUGCCCUGUCUGAACGGUGGUUCUUGCCGCGAUGAGAUUGGUCAUUUCAGGUGCGAGUGCCCUCCUGGUUGGACUGGAGCGCGCUGUGAGAGCGAUAUUGGUACAUGCACAAACCAGCCGUGCCAGAACAGUGCUAAAUGUAUCAACCUUUUCCAAGACUUCUUCUGUGUAUGUCCCUCUGGCACUGAUGGGAAACAAUGCGAGACUGCUCCAGAAAGGUGCAUUGGUAACCCAUGCAUGCAUGGAGGACGUUGCCAAGACUUUGGUUCUGGUCUGAACUGCACCUGCCCAUCAGAUUAUGUUGGUAUUGGAUGCCAGUAUGAGUACGAUGCCUGUGAAGCAAAUGCAUGCCAGAAUGGUGCUACUUGCAUUGAUAACGGCCCGGACUACACUUGCGUAUGUCCCCCUGGUUACACUGGCAAGAAUUGUGAUGAAGACAUUGUGGACUGUCAAGAGAAUUCAUGCCCUCCCUCAGCCACUUGCAUUGACCUUUCUGGCAAAUUUUACUGUCAGUGUCCAUUCAACCUGACUGGUGAUGAUUGCAGAAAGACAAUCCAAGUAGAUUAUGAUCUGAGCUUCACUGACCCAACACGCAGCAGCGCAGCACUUGUUGUGCCUUUCUUCACCGGUGGGAAGUCUUCCCUCACCAUUGCAAUGUGGGUCCAGUUCACAAACAAGGAUGAAGGAGGAGUAUUCUUCACUAUGUACAAUGUUGCGUCUCCCCAUGUCCCUGUAGGCAGAAGACCAAUGGUUCAAGCUCACAGCAAUGGUGUUCAAAUCUCGUUGUUUGAUGACUUGCAAGAUGUUUACCUUGGGUUCAGAGAAUACGCCACCAUCAAUGACGGCCAGUGGCAUCACAUUGCUGUGGUAUGGGAUGGUGAGGCUGGAGGCUUACUCACUCUCAUCACUGAAGGACUCAUUGCCAGCAAGGUUGAAGGCUAUGGAAGCGGACGCACUCUCCCUGAGAAUGCUUGGGUGGUGCUAGGCAAACCUCGCAGUGAGAAUCCAAAGGCAUACACAGAAAAUGGUUUCCAAGGCCAUCUCACUAAAGUGCAAGUCUGGGGCCGAGGUUUGGAUGUAACCAAUGAAAUCCAGAAACAGGUCCGAGACUGUAGAACAGAGCCUGUCCUGUACCGAGGACUUGUGCUGACAUGGGCUGGAUAUGAGGACACAAUUGGUGGCGUAGAGCGGCUUGUUCCAUCUCAUUGUGGCCAGAGAGUUUGUCCUUUGGGCUACAGUGGGCCACGUUGUCAGGAGCUCAUUGUUGACAAGAUUCCCCCAAGAGUAGAGCAUUGUCCUGGUGACUUAUGGGUUGUUGCACGUAAUGGAUCGGCAGUUGUGUCAUGGGACGAGCCUGAGUUCAGUGACAACAUUGGAGUCAGCAAUGUUGUGGAACGCAGUGGCCACCGACCAGGGCAAAGUUUGCUGUGGGGUACCUAUCACAUUGCUUAUGUUGCUUAUGAUCAGGCUGGAAAUGCAGCAACGUGCAGCUUCAAGGUUUAUGUUCUUUCUGAGUUCUGUCCCGAGUUGGCAGAUCCUGUAGGAGGCAAACAGACAUGCAAGGAUUGGGGUGCUGGUGGCCAAUUCAAAGUAUGUGAAAUUAGUUGCAAUUCGGGACUCCGUUUUUCACAGCCUGUCCCACGAUUCUACACCUGUGGAGCUGAAGGCUUCUGGCGACCCACUGAUAACCCAGCUAUGCCAACAAUCUACCCUGCUUGCUCUACAUCAAAGCCAGCUCAAAGAGUCUUCAAAGUAAGUAUGCUAUUCCCAAGCUCGGUUCUCUGCAAUGAAGCUGGACAAGGUGUUCUGAGACAGAAAGUCAGGAAUGCCAUCAACUCUCUUAAUCGUGACUGGAACUUCUGUUCAUAUGCUCUGGAAGGGACAAAGGAAUGCAAAGAUCUAAACAUUGACGUGAAAUGUAACUCUCGUCAGAGUCGAUCUGCUCAUGCUUCAGCAGAAGGAGAAGAGAAAGCUAUGAGGUCUGACCGUGUUGCACGAGAAGCAAGUGACACUUAUAGUGUUCAAAUUUCCUUCCCAGCUAUAAAUGACCCUGUGGUCAACAGCAACUCGAAUGAAAGAUCUAAUGUUCAGAGAUUACUGGAACACCUCAUCUUGGAGGAGGAUCAGUUUGAUGUUCACGACAUCUUGCCAAACACUGUACCAGAUCCUGCUUCCCUUACUUUGACAUCUGAUUAUGCCUGUCCUCUGGGUCAAGUUGUCAUGGCCCCUGAUUGUGUGCCAUGUUCUGUUGGAACAUUCUACAACCGUGAGACACGUACUUGUGUGGCUUGCCCUCUGGGUGCCUACCAGAGUGAAUCAGGACAGAUGCAGUGUACUGUCUGCCCCGCUAUUGCUGGAAGACCAGGAGUUACUGUGGCUCCAGGGGCCCGAAGUGCAGCUGACUGCAAAGAACGUUGUCCUGCUGGAAAGUACUAUGAUGAUGAUGCUGGACUAUGCCGUAGUUGUGGCCAUGGGUUCUACCAACCAGAGGAAGGUAGUUUCAAGUGUCUGUUGUGUGGGUUGGGAAAGACCACUCGUACUACAGAAGCUGUUUCAGAAGAGGAAUGCCGAGAUGAGUGUUCUUCAGGAAUGCAGUUGGCUGUUGAAGGCAAAUGUGAGCCUUGCCCAAGAGGAACCUAUCGGACUCAAGGUGUUCAAGCUGCUUGCCAGGCGUGCCCUCAAGGACGUACCACACCUAAGUUGGGUGCUGCUGCUGUUGAAGAGUGCUCUUUACCAGUCUGCCCCCCAGGAACCUUCUUAAAUGGCACUCAAAACAGCUGUGUUGCUUGCAAAAAGGGCACAUAUCAACCAGAGGCUCAACAGACUAGCUGCAUUGCCUGUCCUCCAAACACAAGUACAAAAACUACUGCAUCUAUCAGCAAAGAUGAUUGCUCCAACCCAUGUGAAAUGAAUACCGUGGAAAUGCAUUGUGACCCCAAUGCAUACUGCUUGCUUCUACCUGAAACGAGUGACUUCAAAUGCGAGUGCAAACCGGGAUACAAUGGGACUGGCAGAGUUUGUACUGAUGUUUGUGCUGGUUUCUGCGACAAUGAAGGUGUCUGUGUUAAAGACAUUCGAGGAAACCCAUCAUGCAGAUGCUCUGGUUCAUUCACUGGACCUCAUUGUGCUGAAAAGAGCGAAUUUGCAUACAUAAUGGGAGGCAUUGCUGGUGGAGUUAUGUUUGUGAUAUUUAUUGUUCUCCUAGUUUGGAUGAUCUGUGUCAGGUCUGCAAGAAGAAAAGAACCAAAGGCGGCUAAGAUUCUUACCCAAGCAAGUGAACAGAAUGGUUCACAAGUUAAUUUCUAUUACGGAGCACCCACUCCUUAUGCAGAGUCCAUCGCUCCAUCACACCAUUCGACAUACGCCCACUACUAUGAUGAUGAAGAGGAUGGUUGGGAAAUGCCCAACUUUUAUAAUGAGACUUACAUGAAAGAGAGCUUACACAAUGGAAAAAUGAAUAGUUUAGCUCGUUCUAAUGCCAGUCUUUAUGGCAAUAAGGAAGAUCUUUACGACAGACUGAAACGCCACGCGUACCCUGGUAAAAAAGAUAAGAGUGACAGUGAGAGCGAGGGUCAGUAAGUCAGCUUGAUGGAUGUGUAUAAAGUUGUUCAUGUGUAGUAUACUUCAAAACAAUUUUUCUGUAUCUGGUCAAAGAAAAAUGCUCAAAGAAGUGGUCUAGGCACCAGGUGCCAUAACUUUUUACAACCACUCGAUAUUGCAAUUUGCUCUUCAUGUGAAAUCUUUGUUAGUAAGUGAUUAUUUAGUUUUUGUUCCUGACAAUUUUUUUUUUUUCAAAAAUCUAUGAACUACUGUACAUUAUACACACUGUGUCAUCCUGCUCAUUGUGAUAUGCCAUCAUUUUUAAGUUGGGCUUUUUUUUAUUUAACAAAAUCUAUCCCUGUUUCAAUUCAAUCAAUUCUUUAAAUGUUUUAAUUUAAACACCCCCUAUGUAGUGAAGAACCACUUUAGUAGGUAUGUACCUCAAUUCUAAAAAAACAGAGCUUUCUUAUUGCUUGUAUUGUAGGUAGCCAGGAGUUUACGCUCACAUCUGGUCAAUAAAUAAUUAUGCUUUACUUUUCCUCUUUUAAAUAACUUGAGAUUCUUUCUCCAUUAUAGUGUCAGUAUUACCAUGAUAUUCGUUCUUAGGACGCUUGUAAAGAGAGAUCUGAUAUUUUCUAUGUGUGUUAUUGAAUUGUUGAAGUUAUUGGCUGCUCAAUUCGUAAAGAUUAUUAGACUUUUAUAUAAUAUUUUUCUGUUGAUCUGAUUUUGGUUUGAUUACCUUAAUUCUUGAUAAUUUUUCUGUUUGCUCCACCUUUUGUGAAGCACUAUUGCAACAUUUUUUUUCUUUUUUUAAAAAAAAUCUUGAAACCAUGUUCACUUAAAAAAUAUAUUUGUAUAGUUAUCUGUAGUUUUGUUAUUUUCACUUCAAAUUUUUAAAAUCAGUUUAAUAGCUGUGUGAUUAUGAUAAUUUUAUUACCUGUAGUGAUUGUAAUGAAUUGUUCAUAGCCAACUGUUAAUUCGAAGAACAGUGACUCACAAUUUACGAUAUUUUGUAAACUUUUGUACUUUUAUUAUCUAUAGUGAAAUUAAUGUGAAAUAAUGUUGGACUGUCUUCUUUUUGUGCUCUUGUUUGGAGUAUGGUGUCUUAUUUGUCAUCAUGUCAUACCCCUGGUGUCUUAUGUCUUUUCUUUAAUUAAGAAUGUGUGCUGGAUGGCACAAGUCAGUCUUAUUUAAAAACAAGAGCUUAAAUGCUGUAUAAAUGUUAAAUGUGUAUGUAUGUAUGUGAGUGUGCGUGCGUGAGUGCUUGUGAGUGCAUGCAUGUGAUUGUGAAAAUGAUUAGGUGACUAAAUGAAUUCUAAAGUGUGCUUUAAUGUGCACUUGUAUGUUUGUCAUUGAAUGUGUGGUUAACAAAAAGAACAACUUAGUUAUUGUGUGACUUCCUGUUAAUGUGAAAAGUGAUAAAAAAGAAGUCUUUUCACCUUGUAGUUGUAUCGUAUAACAAGAAGUGCUGUGUAGUAGAAAAAAGUUAAAAGUAUGGACGUUGGCAUUGCCCAAGUUAUCUGACCUCAAUAAGGAAAGACGUAAAAUGACAUUAGUGUUUAUAGUUUUAAUUUCAUUUAUUUUCAUCUUUCAUAAGUAUUUGUUACAGGAUUUUCGUUUGUGAAGCUUGGAUAACUUGGAUAGUGCUUAUUGAACUGGUAGAACUUGUUACCACAAUGCAACUAGAAUGACACAAAAUACAUAUAUGAUGCUAAUAAAGUCAAUCUAGCGUGUGAAUGAGUGAGAGAAAAAAAUGCCAUAUGUACUGUGAGGAUAAUGAUUGUUUAAUUGGACAUAAAUAAACUAUAAAUAUACGAGAAA